UCAAAAUGGCUGGAGAGACAUAGUUGUGAGAGACGACGGUUUUCCCAGAUUUACAGGAAAAAUGAGGCGCUCUGUAGAUUGAAGGCUCUCCCUCCUGAUCACUUGGGGUCCAGGGGCUGUGGCGAGGGGCAGCAGCAGGAAGAGGAGGAGCCAGGGAGCAGCUGAGGAGGAAGUUCUCAUUCUGCUGACGGAGGCCAUCCCUCUCAGGAGGACCGCUGUGUUUCCCCGGAGAAGAAAAUCCCACAGCUCACACUGACCUCAUUAUAAAAAGUAGCUCAUCUGUCCAGCAGUUCCAUCCCUGACUUCCCUCCUCCUCCUCAGCCUCGGCUGCCCAGUGAUCCGCCUGCUCUCCAGUCUCUCCAUCGGUGAUGCUGUCAGACUUAACGGGAGAUUAAAAGCUUAUGCAAGUCCGUGUAACGGCAAAGUUUUCUCCGCCCCUGUCAUGGCCAAUGUGGCCCUAAUCUGGGACGUCUUUUAAUCAUGAAGCAUCUUGCUGCAACAUUACAUAUUGUCUUCAGGUGGCAAGACAGGAUCACACGUCGGCUCAAAGCAGCAGCAGCAUCAGUGGCCGUCGUGGUCGGAGUUCUUAGGAAGCAAGCAAGCUCAGCCCAUCAGAUGAAGAGCCUUCAGUUCAGGAGCAUCGCCCCCAAGGCCCCAGCUGUGGUACCCUCCCCUGCCCUUCCCGAGGCCACCCCUGCCUCUAGCCCUAAAUCCAUCCUUGUACCUGCUCAAAACUAUGCACUGAUGCAAAUAGCAGGUCAGGAUGGCACAUUCUCCCUGGUGGCACUCCCUCCUUCUGUGUCCUCUCAGACGCCACAGCAGCAAACUCAGUCCAUGCAGAAGAACCUCAAGUUACCCAUACCCAGGUACCAGUCUGUGAGGAGCAGGGGGGGCUCUGAAAAGGGCAGAUCUCUGCCGUUGGCCGGCAACGUCCAAGUAGCCUCCGGCGUUUCUGUCUUAACGCAAAAGAAGUCAGGGCAGAGCGGAGCAUCAUCAGGGACGAAGAAGAAGCCUCAAGACACCAAGCACACAAACGAAACCUUAGUGCCGAAAGAUGAGCCUUCAGAGCAGGUCAUCCUCAUCGACCCCGCCUCCUCCGAUAUUUCCGUCACCGCUUUGUUACCGGACAACGCUGUCCUCUAUCCGGGUUCUCAGAUAGAGCGAGCGCCGGAUGGUUCUGAGCGACCUGCUGUAACCAGCCUCAUUCAGAACCUUCGCUACCCCCCUGCUGGCGCCACGAGCACUGCAGGCAAAUCACCGGAGGAGAGUAAGACCACAGUGCGGCUGUGCCAGUCCAAGCUGGCUACAGCUCAGCCUCAGAGCAGCAUCACUGUCCUGUCUCCAGCCAUCUUUAGCAAAGCGGUCCAGAUCAUCCCUUCACCCCCAAAGGGAAAGCUGCCAAUCCUGCCCUACUCCAAGAUGAAGAGCUCCCUGAUUCCAACCCCCAAGCUCAGCAGCUCGUCCCCAGAGAGGAAAGGCUUCUCUACAAAGACGGGACUGUGCAGCCCUUCAGAUACCAAGAACAUGGAGACCGCUGAAGUGGCGAGUCAAAAGCAGAUGCCAAACUCCGUUCAGCAGCCCCAGGCCAAGACCACACUCAUGCCUGUUACCCUCCAGAAACCACCAGGCAAGAAGAGAGGGAGGAAGAGAAAGACGAUGGAAGACAUCUUGGCUUUUGAGGCCAGAAAGAAGAGGUCUUUGUCUUUCUUCAGAAGAAGACUGCCUGAGAAACCACCAGCAGUGAUUCCAGGUUCCAAACAAAAGGAGGUUGAUAUUUCCAAGAAAUAUCGCAGCAUUCAGCCCAAACCUCUGCUGGUCAUGGAGACGGUUCCCCAACUGGUUAGUCUGCCUGCUGGCCAAGAACAAGAACUCAUACUUGGUCAUCAGCUCCCCACAACCACCACGACCAAGACCCUGGACUGUCCCCCUCAACCAGCCCCAGUAACUUUCCACCUUAGAAGUGGCUCCCACCCCCGAGUGUUCAUUGGAAGCCGUCCGCUGUACCGCUGCUCCAUCUGCAGCCGCUGCUUCCAGUUCAAGCAUCACCUGCAGAGCCACAUGAACACACACACCAACAGCCGGCCCUACAUCUGCCCGCUGUGUCGCAAGGCGUAUGCCCACCGAGGCAGCCUGAGCACGCACAUGAAGCUGCACCACUCCGAGGUCCGGCCACGCCGGGCGCUCUGCUGCGAGUUCUGCCACAAGGCCUUUGGCUACGUGGGGGUGUACUUCCGGCAUCUGAGGGAGGUGCACAAGGUGGUGCUGACCGUGGAGCCGUCGGUCAGCCAUCAUGAGGUUGACACGCCUGCAGAGGGGUGUGCCUCUCCGGAGCCAUCCGAUGAGCAGGUUGAUGAAGAUCCCGUUGAGCUGCAGAUUAAAUGCGGCCGCUGCCAGGCAGUCACUCCCACCUUUGCUGACAUGAAGAUGCACCUGCUGUACAUUCACGGGGAGGAGAUUCACAUCCAGUCCCACGAUGAGCACCUGCGACAGGGCGGCCGUGAGGCUGAGAACGAGCUGGUGAAGCACGCCGCCCACUACUGGCGACAACUAAACGAGAAGCGCAACCUGGUGAAAUGCGGCAGCUGUGACGAGGAGUUCCUCUCCUUCUCCAAGCUGAAGAGGCACAUCAUGUCCCAGCAUCGGGGCAGAGUCGUGGACGGCGGCGGGAGCAGGUCGCCCUCGCCGGGAAUCUGCGGAGUUGGCUUGUUAGCAGCAGGGGCAGCUUUUAACUGUGUGCUUUGCAGGGACGUGCUGGACAGUAAAGAGCUGGUGAUGGAGCACUGGAGGAGUCACCACCACUGUGAGCAGCCCAGCCUGCUGUGGGACGCCCUGAGCUCCUACUCUGGUCAGGAGGAGAAAGGGGAGGCGGAUGGGGAUCUGGACACUCCAGCUCCAAGCCCACUUUAACCGGGCUAGGCGUUGAAUGGGCAGCUCUUCAGGCAGCAGCACAGGGAUCCAGAGCCUCUCUUACACUGUUCAGCACUAUCUUCAUCCUUCACUGGGUGCAAAAUGAUGUUUGUGUGACGACUGAAGCAAUCCUCUGUAUCACUUUCAUGUUGGUUUGAUUGCACUGUUGUGUCCUAAGAGUUGGAGGUUUCUAUUUAAUAUGCUGUCAGAAAGUAGAUUCUGUUUUAUUUUCUACUUAUUUAAAUGUUAUUGUGGCCAAUUUAUAACCUAAUGCGUCUCAUCUCAUCCUUUCAUCUGUCCAGCCAUGCAGAUGAUUUGGUCGUAUGUGCUUUUUAACAUGUCUUCAUCAAUGCAGGAUCCGUUCACAUUUCUGGGUUAAAUGGGUCAGAACCUUGAUUUAGCACCAUCUCUCCAAGUUACAGCGGAAACCAAAACUGGGAUGUUAUGCACUGACUGAAUGGUGAUAGGUUAGAGGGGUG